GGGGGUCGGGGAAAUGGGAAUAAGGUAUCUUUGGCUUUCAUACCGGUGCACAAUCCAAUCCCCGUCUUCUACCGUACGUUAUGGGAGGAGUCGUUCUCACAGAGAACGAAGAUUGUCCUCAAGUCCAGAAAGACCGCAGCGUGGGUCUGGGCGAACCGGUAAAGGGCCAUGUCCUCCCCGACAAACGCCGGGAGGGGGGGCGUGAGCGGCGGCUUCCCCCGGCCGGCGGCGGAUGGUCGCUGCCGCCGAAGAUGAUUUGUGGGCCGCGGUUCCGGGGCACGGGAUUGACUAUAACGACGGCAGAAAAGAUGUAUUGCACUAUACCUAUAAUAUUAUUACCAAGGUAUCUAACACCAGCUGACGACUGGGCGAUCGGCUUUCGUUUCCCAAUUGGGUUUGAAAUGGAGACGGCGGUAUCGCGGCCGCGGCUCCCACAUCUCGUGGUCCUUCUCGUAGUACUUCUCGUUGUACUUCUCAUUGUGCUUCUCGUAGUACAAUUCAUGGUUCUCAUUAUCCAAGAUGGAUAAAACGGUCGUGAUGCAAUCGUCACUGUGUUCAGGACUCCAGUUCUUGCACGCAGUGUCCUUAAGAAAAGCUUUUUUAUAAGUUUGAUUGUCCGCCUCAGAUCGAAUUUUUUGGGUGAUCCUAUAAUACACAAAAGCAUGCCAAAUUGGAAUAUACAGAGAGCAUCCCAUCAGCACCACUCCAAUCAACUCUGGAAUUGCAUAUAAUUUUGAUGCCUGUGCAUCUUGGUCAUCCACCAAACCAUCAAAAAUGCGUCGAGGAAUACUUGAUAAUAGCAUCCCAAAAAAGUAAACGAUGACAAUUGUAUUCCCACUAGUCAAGAUUUUGUUCUGAUAGCCUGAGUCCAUAAUAUUGGGCAACAUGAAUACAACAGCCAAUGUCAACGCCGAUGUAACUUGCAAGUGGUCACCAACCUCCAUUCCCUCCCUAAAAUCAUGCACUGCAUUCAAUAUCGCAAUGAUUGUCACAAGAAGCAUGGGAAGGAUGAACUUCACAAAGCAUCCAAAACUGUAGUUGCUGGUAAUGAUGGAGAGGACAAAACGUGAGCAACAAUUCUUUUUGUUAUCAUACUCAUAGCAAAUUUGGGGAUAUGGUGAAACAAAAUCAUAUUUCACAGAUUUGUCGAUCUUUUCCAAAAUUUUGAACCAAUCCUUCUUCCUUCCUUUUUCUUUCUGCAACUUCUCCUCUUGAGACGUAUGGUUGUCCCAGAUAUUACUGUGAGAGAAAUAUGAAUCUCGCAAAUUAUUGAUGCAGAAAUUGUGUCGUGGCUCUGUGGUGUGGAGUUGCAAGUCUGGUCGAUAGAUGAUAUUCGGAUCACCAAAUGUGACAGAACUUAGUUCAAUACUGACUUUCCCAACACCGAUUUGAAAGGGAAGGCAAGGCUGAACAGUCUCAACUUCUAAUGGAAUGAUUGCCUGAAAGGUUGAUACGACUCCUAGGAUUUUUCCACUUUUCUUUCCUUUGAAGCAUCUUGUUCGUAUCUUUUCAACUUGGACCGGUAUUUCAUUGGAGCGAUAAGGGAAAUAGAUGUCUUUACCGUCA